UCCUGGGUUCUGGCUGCUUUGUGAAAUAGUUCAGAUCACAGGAACAAAAGAGAAUAUGUAUGUCCUUUGAGUUAUUUGAUUCUUCAUAUUGGUUUUAAAUCUAUACUCAAUUAUGCCAUUUUAAACAGAAAUAAUUUUGUACUUUUUUAUCAGAUCUGAUGGAAUUCAGAAGAAAUUUAACUGUGAGAAACCAUACAAUGGUGACAACAUUUAUUCUUGUGGGACUAACGGAUGAUCCGAACUGGCAAGUUAUAAUUUUCCUUUUUCUAUUUCUAACAUAUUUUUUGAGUGUCACUGGAAAUCUGACCAUUAUCUUGCUCACUCUUCUGGACUCCCACCUCAAAACACCCAUGUAUUUCUUCCUUCGGAAUUUUUCCUUCUUAGAAAUCUCACUGACGACUGUCUGUAUCCCUAGAUACUUAUUCAGCAUAAUGACUAUGGAUAAAAUGAUUUCCUAUGAUGCAUCUGUGACGCAAUUAUUUUUUGCCAUCUUCUUGGGUGCAUCAGAGUUUUUCCUGUUGGCAGCCAUGUCCUAUGACCGCUAUGUGGCCAUCUGCCAACCCCUUCACUAUGCAACAAUCAUGAGCAGCAAAGUCUGCACCCGGCUGGUCGUUACCUCCUGGGUGGCUGGGCUGUUAACAAUCUCUCCUGGACUCAUUAUGGGCCUAGGGUUGGAGUUCUGUGAUGCCAAUAUUAUUGAUCAUUUUUGCUGUGACUAUUCUCCUGUCCUGAAACUCUCCUGCACAGACACAUGGUCCAUAGAAUUGUUAAGUUUUAUUUUAGCCAUUGUCAUACUGCUGAUUACACUGGCACUGGUGACACUCUCCUAUGCAUGUAUUCUGAGAACAAUCCUGAAGAUCCCUUCUGCCCAGCAGAGGAAGAAGGCUUUUUCCACCUGUUCCUCCCACAUGAUUGUUGUCUCUCUCUCUUACGGCAGCUGUAUUUUUAUGUACAUGAAACCUUCUGCAGAGGAGAGGGUUGCUUUAAACAAGGCAAUCGCAGUAUUCACCAUUUCAGUUGCACCUGUCUUAAAUCCUUUUGUAUAUGCCCUAAGAAACAAACAGGUGAAACAAGCCCUGACAGAUAUAAUUAAAAAAGGUAUCCUUAUUACCCUUUUAUAAAAGCUUUUUAUGUUUGUUUGUUUAAAUAGUUUUCAAUAGCCAAAGCUUAUUGAAAAAUCGCGGCCCAUAUUGAUUACGCUUUUAAUAUAUAUCCUUAUUUUUAUAUUCUGAUAGUCGUUGAUGUCACCCACAAAUAGGCAUUGUGUGUUCAACCUACUGCUGGCUUUUUACACGUUUGAUGGU